GCAGGAGAGUGGAGGACUUGAGCGCAAGUGCACUGCGACGUCGUCUUGUUGUACAGUAGUAUCAAUCCACAGGGAGACCUCCUCUUAUCUGCUCAGCCACUCAACUUUGUAAAGAGCUUACUUGGAGCAGAAUGGAGGCUACGAUGGUUUCUCCGAUGAACGAGACUUACAAUGCAUCCUGUGACCCGUUUAAACACAAGUGGAAGUUCUCCAUCUGGUUCACUGCGUAUUACACCCUACUGUGUUUCAUCGGACUAACUCUAAAUAGCUUUGCACUGUAUGUGCUCUGGCAUGGAAGACAGACAAUCAACUCUACGUUAUUGUAUCUUCUCAACCUGACAUCUGUUGACUUUUUUUUCUGUGCAUUCCUCCCACUAAGAAUAAGUUAUUUUGCUCUUGGAUCCACUUGGAAACUGGGAGAGGUCAUGUGCAAACUUACGGCUUAUGCUUUCUUCCUUAAUACAUAUGGUAGCAUCAAUUUUAUGAUAUGCAUCAGUAUUGACCGUUUUUUAGCUAUUUUGAAACCUCUCAAGUGCCAGAGAUUUAGGAGUAUCUCUUUUGCCAAAAAAGUUUGCCUUUUGGUCUGGUUGUACACAGCUGCUGUUAAUAGCACAGUUCCCUUACUGUCAAAUGUUUAUGCAAAAAAUCAGUUUGGAGAAUACUGUAUGGAAUACUCCAUGAUGGCUAUGGAUAAUGCCUUAGCGCUGAAAGUCCUUAUUCUCUCCUGCACUUCCUAUUUCUUUCCAUUAAUAGUUAUGCUCUUCUGUUAUUUGGGUGUUGGGUUAAAGCUGUGCAAAAUAACUGAACUGGGUGGUUCAAACAACAGCAAACCAGCGAGGACAAGGCGCAAGUCUCUGGUGAUCAUCAUGGUUGUUCUGUUUGUGUUCAUUGUGUGCUUUACUCCAUACCACAGUAAUCUAAUGCGUCAUACAGCAGAGAUACAAGCAGGUAGGACAUCAUGUGAGAGCCUGGAGAAUUUCAAACUUCAGCUUCAGAUAACUAUGUCUGUAAUGAACCUAAACUUUGUUUUGGAUCCAUUUAUUUACUUUUCUGCUUUUAAAAAUCAUAAACUGUUUCUCAUGAAGCUGUUCAGAAAGAAAAACAAGGACCUUAUUGGACCAGGUGGUUCAACUUCCUGAAGAUAUUGAAGUAAAUGUGCCAUCAUUAUUAUAGCCCGGUGUGGUCAGUUCCUUCUUCUCUGUACCUGUUCACGAUGGAUGUGGCUGAUCUCAGUAAUAUGGAGGGGUGUCCACCUGCUCUUGGCCAUAUAGUGCAAGAUGUUAGCAGGCCAGCAAUAAAGAACUUUUCAUGAAUUUUUGUUUAAUGUUUUCAAGAGAUUACUUUCAUCCAAUGUUGUUCAUUUGAUUUUUUUCUGUGCUUCUAUUGCAAUCGAUACAUUUAAAUUUUUGUGAAUGCUUUCUUUGAGUAUGAGAAAGAUGCUAUCAAAAUGAAAUGUAUUAUUAUUAUUGUUGUUAUAUCUUCAAGUCUGCUAUGCAAGUACCAUUGAAAUUAUUUGUGCUACAAGCAAUCACCAGUGGAGGAGUUGUGGUUAACUGUGAUAACCGAGUUAGGACACAAAGGCUUCAGAAGCCAGUUGAGCCUACUUUUGACACUGUUUUGGUUUUUUUUUUGUUUGUUUUUCAUAUUGUUUUGUUUGACUUGAGAUCUGCCUCCAUGAUGGCCUCAAUUAUGGUGUUGCAAUGACGUGGCCACAUGAGUUUCUGUUUGAUGUUAUAGCACAUAUCUUCUUCCCUAUGAAAGGAAUCCUAGAAGUGUACUAAGGUUGUCAGCUUUUUGCAUCCUCUUUGGAAAAGCAGUAUUGUUUAAGUUUGGUGUUUGAUAUUGUUUACUGAUAUUUUAGAACAUUUCUAAGCAAGCUGCAUUUUACUUUGUUUCAUUUUUGUUCAUUGCCUUUCCUUUUUUUUUUUUGCUCUUUAGCAAGUAGUCAUUGUUAGGUAGGCACUUACACAAACAUAAGAACAUUUGACAAACAACAGGAGGCCAUUCAGUCCAUCAAGCUUGUUUGUUUGGCUAAUAACUAAGCUAUCCCAGUAUCUCAUCAGAUAUUUCUUAAAGGCUGUCAAAGUUUCUGCUUCAACUACAUGGCUUGGCAGUUUGUUCCAGAGUCCCACAACUCUUUGCAUACAGAAAGGCUAACUGGCUUCAGUCCUAAAUGCACUUCCCCUUAAUUUCCUCGAGUCCUCGGGUACAUGGUUUACCAUAAAGUUGAAAGAAUUGUGUUGGGUCCAUUUGAGAAUUUUGAAGACCUGGAUUAGACUCCAAUGCAGUCUCCUCUGCUCAAGACUAAACAGGUUUAAUUCUCUGAGUCUGGUGGAGUAGGACAGGUCCUUAAAUCCUUUGAUGCACUUAGUUGCUCUCCUCAGCACAGCUUCAAGUGCUGCUUUGUCUUGUAGCGUGGUGACCAGAACUGCACACUGUAUUCCAGAUGGGGUCUUAGUAGUGCAUUAUUUAGUCAAAGCAUAAUGUCCCUCGAUUUAUAUUCACCAGCUUCACUGAGAUGUUCUUAUGUUCUUAUAUACCCUAUCAUUUUAUUUACCUUUUCAGUAGCUUCUGCCCAUUGCUUAGAUGAUGAAAAUGUUGUGUCAACAAAAACCCCACACCACUUUUUCGGCAGCUGCUUCCUUUAGGACAGUGCCUCCCUCAAAUAAUAUCAAAAAGUCCAGCAUUUUUUAAAAAUUAGAAUCUUAAUAUACUUUCUAUUGUAAUAACCUCCAAUCCCAUAGAUUUCAUUUCUUCAAAAAGAUGCAUUCUGUGCUCCUUAUACGCAGUCCAGUAAUACAUGCUGCACUAUUUCAGGAAAAAAAACACCUUCUGCAUAACCAUGUUUGUUCAUUCUAAACAGUGAAUAGAGGGUAUAGGUCUAUAUUAUAAGAAAUUGAAUUUACAUACUGGUGUCGAUCAAUGCAUAUAUUUACGCUGGCUGGUUCAUUGGUUUACACCCAUGCUCUAUGUAAAAUAAAAGUCUACUUAUUAUAUUCUUAUUCUUCUUAUACCCUUUGGGUUGAGCUGCCAUCAUUGAAGUUUCUGUGUAUGUAACAACUGUCCAUUCUGCUUGUUCACAGGACAUCUACUGACUUCUUAGUUAUCUUUCAGUACAUUUUAUGCAUUAUAUUUUUGU